AUGAGGCGGUAUGCUUCAAAAUUCAUUAAUUGGCACUUGGGUUUGAAGAAUUUCAGUCUCUCCAUGGUUGAUUGUGAGGUGGGAUCCUAUUGUGCAUCUAGAAAGAGCAGAUGUCAAGGUUUCUUUAGUGGCUAUGUUAAUGGUUCCUUGCCAAAGGCAUACGCUACUUCUUGUGCUAAGUUGCCAGAAGAUCUACAGAGCACUAAUCUCGCUUCUGACAUGUUAAUUGACUCAUUUGGGAGGAUGCACACUUAUUUGAGGAUCUCCUUGACAGAACGUUGCAAUCUACGUUGUCAGUACUGUAUGCCAGCUGAGGGCACGGAGCUUACGCCUAGUCCUCAAUUGCUCUUGCAGAAUGAGAUUGUUCAUUUGGCAAAUCUCUUUGUGACCUCUGGAGUAGAUAAAAUUCGUUUGACUGGUGGCGAGCCAACCAUCAGAAAAGAUAUUGAAGACAUAUGCUUACAGCUAUCUAACUUGAAAGGACUAAAGACCUUGGCCAUGACAACCAAUGGAAUCACUCUGGCGAGAAAGCUUCCAAAGCUGAAAGAAUGCGGGCUUACUUCUGUAAAUAUCAGCUUAGACACUUUGGUCCCUGCAAAAUUUGAAUUUUUAACCAGGCGGAAAGGGCAUGAAAAAGUUCUGAAUUCAAUUAAUGCUGCUGUUGACUGUGGGUACAACCCAGUAAAGGUGAAUUGUGUGGUGAUGCGCGGGUUUAAUGAUGAUGAGAUUUGUGAUUUUGUGGAGUUGACACGCUACAAACCAAUUAAUGUUCGGUUCAUUGAGUUCAUGCCUUUUGAUGGAAAUGUUUGGAAUGUCAAGAAACUUGUUCCUUACUCAGAAAUGCUGGAUAGAGUGGGAAAACAGUUUCCUGGCCUAAAGAGACUGCAGGGUCACCCUGCUGAUACGGCUAAGAACUUCAGGAUGGAUGGGCAUCUUGGUACAGUUUCUUUUAUCACCUCAAUGACUGAGCAUUUCUGUGCUGGUUGCAAUAGAUUGCGACUUUUAGCUGAUGGAAACUUUAAAGUUUGCCUCUUUGGUCCUUCAGAGGUUAGCUUAAGAGAUCCCCUUCGUCAAGGUGCUGAAGAACAUGAGCUUAGGGAAAUAAUUGGGGCAGCGGUCAAGAGGAAAAAGGCUUCACAUGCUGGAAUGUUUGACAUUGCAAAAACGGCAAAUAGGCCAAUGAUACAUAUAGGCGGCUAA